AUGAGCUGCCCCUUUACUCACAAGAAAGCUCGCUACAUUAAUUGCCUUUUUUUGCCACCUACUAUUUGUAAGUGUGCCAUUUUCUAUGUUGUUUUAGAAGCCCUACUAUAAAUAAUGACAUCAAUAAUACUGUGUCUUUAAAUAAUAAUGAGUUACAGCUAUGAGUAAUUAUACAGACAUACAUUGUAACGGAUCACCUGGCACCCAACUGGGUACCCUCCAUUGAAGGAUGCUCCUAGCGCUUCCUGAGGACUCCAAGCACUGCAGCAGACACCACAACCACCAAACCGGAGAAGCAUAUGAAUGCUCUCAAGCAUUUGAAUGUUGUAUACAGCCGAAUAGGAAAAACCAUGCGAAUAGGUUUACACUCCUAGCAGUCAAACUGGAACAGCAUACAAUAAAUCCUCCCCCAAUAAUGAGACGACACUUCGCUAAGCAGGAACUGACUGGACUGGCACAUACAGCCUCUUUUAUUACCAAUCCACAAACUUAGUACUGCCCACAGGGUUUUACAGAACAACCGAUAACACGUACAAUACACUUCAACACACCCACACAAAAUCCUCCCCUCUGCCUGUAAUACAAUUACCUUACACAAUGGGUAAUCUAAUUAUCACAGAAAGAGAAAUACAGUUUCAUAAAACACAUCACAGGGACCCUAACAUAUCCAAAAUUCACCCAGAUCCGUCCAGUACUUUGGAAGAUGAAGUUUAAUGCAGAUUCUGCAGAACAUAUACAGGCUAAAUGAAAAACAAUCACUGUAUAAUGUGUCCCCUGCUGUAUAGUCCAAAACCACUGCACGAUGUCUAUGUGCACCAAAUACUGGCGAGAUGGCACCGUGUUGAAAAGUCCAAACAGUGUCUGUGAGUUAAAAUGGCCGCCAUCCAUUGUUCUCACCAUGUGCUUCAUCCAUUGUUCUCACCAUGUGCCUCUGAUACAGGAAAUGGUGGCCACCCAGUAACUCCACAGUAUGUCCCCAGAUGGUUCUUAAAAGGCCAGCAGCAGCACAACACAACACAAAUCCAUUAUGCCCAAAUCAUGUCUUUAAAGGGCAAUACAUCCCAGGGGCCAUAGUCACAUGGCAGGAGGUUGGCAAUCAGUCUUCUCCAAUGCGCAGUGGCGAGAUCGGUUUCGCCACAUACAUAUAUGUAAAAAGCAGUCAUAAUUCCUUAUCAAAAUAUCCAUGCCAAAGUAACCUGAACUGCAUGUCACAUAAACCUGAUUUCCACCUUGUACUGGUAUUAUUUAAUAAUUGUAGAGACAGUUAAACCAGAAACAGUGAACCAAUUGUUAAUGCUGCCCAUUAAGACACACACAAAUCGAAAAAAACAAACAUGCACACAGACAUAUAUAAUACAUAUAGACAGUCAGACUCAAACACACACAUAUGCCCAGGCAGACAUACAUACAGACACAAGCACAUGCAUAAAUAAGUUUAUACAGAAAAAAAGACAGACACAAGCACACAAAUUCAUAAAUUCAUGCAGACAAAACUAAAAGCCAGACACAAACACACAGACAUACAAACAAAUGCAUUAUGCGUAUACAAGCUGAUCAGGCCUGCAGGGUAGUAGGACCCACAGUUUGAAGGAAGUUGAGUGUGAGGAGGAUUAUCUAUUAUAAUGUUUUAGAGGUAUGAAUAACUCCAAGUUAUACUUUAUUAGCUCAAUAACUGUCUUAUAUAAAGAAAUCUGUUUCAUACUGAUUUAUUUGUUUAUCUAAUCAUUCAGGUAACACUGAUAUAGAACAAAACAAGGAGUUGGCUGGGGCGUUUGAAGAGGAAGAAGCUUUGCUGUUAAUGGAAGAUAUAUUAGUUUUACCGAACCAUCCACCAGUAGUUGUAGAUCUCACUUUGGAUGAUGAAAGUGAUGAUGACUGGGAGGAAGAAUUAAACAUCUGUAAUUAGUUUUUGAAUUCUUUCUAACAAGUAUUUGUGAUUUUAUUGGGUCGGCAAAUCGUUAUUUAAUGUUAUUUUAGUUAUCGCUAAUUUAAACGGAAAAAUUUCCAGCUGGCUUAGUGGAUAUCUCUUUAAUUAAAGACUUUUUAAUAAUUGAAUAUUUAAUGUGUCUUUUCAUAUUUAAUAGGUCUGCCAUAUAAGAAAGAAAAAACACCAGAUGAGGCGAAAGAAGAAGAGCUUAUACUAGAGCUAUGCAGAAAAUCAGGUAGCACAAUAUUAAUAUGA